AUGAGGAACUUCCAGAACAACGUGAGGAACCCGAGUAUCGACUGGGUGCGCCUGGUCAUGUAUACAAUUAUCUUCUUCAUGAUCGGCACCAUGAAUAUUCGGACUAAUGACUCUUUCGCUCAGAGAGACCAAGUCCCGAUGCUCUCCUAUGUACGAGCCUUCCUGGUCUUCAUGGUGUUCGCUCGAGAGCGGGCGAAUCCCAACGUCAAUGUCGCAGUGUGCGCCCAGGCCAACUUUCUUGUGUGCCUGCCGGGAAUCGGUCUCACCGCAGUGGUCUCGUCUGGCAUGGCUAUUGGCCUGACUGGUCGCAACACGUUUGGUUGGUUCUGCCUCGACCUAUUUCUCUCGAUGGUUGUCUCAGAGUCUCUCAUGAUGCUGCUGGGCGCUGCCACCCUACACUACUUCAUUGGUAUUGCCGUGGCUGCUGGUAUCUAUGGUAUGUUCACGCCGACCGAAUACCUGGAGGUUGGAAAUGCGUUCACCACUCGGCGUUUCACACGUACAUGUUUGCUUGGUUUGACGAUGCUCCGCCGCUUGGAGAUCUUAUCUUGA